AUGGCAAAUAAUAAUAAAAAUCCUGAUCCAAAAGAAUCACCUCUUAUUGAAGAACUCAGCUGGGGAUUUAUAAGAGUUAAAGGAUUUCCUUCUGGCAAAGAUUUCAAACUUUAUCCUGGGGGUGCCGAGGAAUGGGAUUGGAAUGAGACAAAUACUCGUCAUGUUCCAGGCAUUCAACAAGCAGAUGUCAAAGAUUUAAUAGAUAAAGGAGCAAAAUAUAUUGUACUAUCAAAAGGCAUGCAAAAUAAAUUAGAAACACCCAAAGAAACAAAAGAUUUUCUUGAAGAGAAUAAUAUGAAAUUAGGCAUUAAUUAUUUUAUUGAAACAACUCCAGAAGCAUAUAAACGAUAUAAUAGUUUGGUUCAAGAAAACAAACCUGUCGGUGCAUUAUUACAUUCGACAUGUUAA